AUGGAAGAGGGAAAUCACUCGGUGGUGACUGAAUUCAUUCUCUCAGGACUGACGGAUCGUCCGGAGUUGCAGGUCCCCCUGUUUGUGUUGUUCCUACUGAUUUAUGUUCUCAUCAUAGUAGGGAAUGGGGGGAUGUUUUUGUUGAUCACGAUAGACCCUCGACUCCACACCCCUAUGUAUUUUUUCCUCAGGAAUUUGUCUUUCUGUGAUCUCGGCUAUUCCACACUAAUUGCCCCUAAGAUGCUGCAGAAUUUCUUAGCCGAGAGGAAGAGCAUUUCUCUCACUGCCUGUGCCGUGCAAAUUUAUAUCAGUGGUUUGUUUUCAGAUAUGGAGUGUCUCUUGCUGGCUGUGAUGGCGUAUGACCGCUAUGUGGCCAUCUGUAACCCGCUGCUCUAUACAGUCACCAUGUCCCGGCGGUUCUGUAACCAGCUGGUGGUUGGGAUGUGUGCUGUGGGCUUGGUAGAGUCAAUGAUACAAACGUGUCUGACGUUCCGGCUGUCAUUCUGUCGCUCUAAUGUCAUCAAUCAUUUCUUCUGUGAUAUGGCCCCAUUGCUAGCGCUCGCCUGCUCUGACACCCGCCUCAAUGAGACUGUUCUAUUGGCCUUCACAUGCUUGAUUGUAGUGAGCAGCUUUGUGACCAUCCUCCUCUCCUAUGUCUAUAUCUUCUCCACCAUCCUAAGAAUCCGCUCUAUUGAGGGCUGCAGCAAAGCCUUCUCCACCUGCAUUUCUCACUUGAUUCUGGUGGUCAUGUUUUAUGGCACAGCCCUUUUUGUGUAUUUACGACCCGUCUCCAGCUAUUCCAUGGACACAGACAAAAUGGCCUCGGUGUUCUACACGCUGGUGAUUGCCAUGUUGAACCCCCUCAUCUACAGCCUGAGGAACAGGGAAGUGAAGGACGCCUUGAGGAAAGCCACGAACAAACUCUUAAGCACUUCUUGA